CACACACACACACACACACACACAAACAGAUCCGACCUCGCCUUGUCUCCUGCUUUCUGGCUCCCUGAACAACAACGCCUUCUUUUGCUUCUUCUUUUUACAUGCAGACCAUGGUGGUGGUGAUCAAGACGGCCAAUGCGCCCCAGGACGUGCGGGAUGUCCGCGUCCAAUGUGACACCAAUGACACGGUUGCCGCGCUCAAGACCAAAAUCACCUCAUGCCAUCCGCUCAAGCCCGCCACCACGGAUCAGCGAUUGAUUUUCAAGGGCGUGUGCUUGCAGGACGCACAAGUGCUGCGCGACGUGCUCGGCGGCAGCGAGGAUGCCGUGGUGCACCUGGCGCUCCGUGGCCGCAGCUGUGCAUCGCCGGGCGCAACCGCAAACGCCACUUCAGCGUCUACAAGCGUGUCUGCACACUCACUUCGCCAGCGGCGUCAUCGCCCAACCACACACAACCAACAUCACAACCAACACCAGCAUCAACACCAGCACCAGCAGUACCCGUCGUAUGCGUGGUGGUCUGCGUCGCCCGCAACUGUGCCUGCUCCGCAAGGUGUCACUAACGCACACGACGUAGCGGCGUGGCAGCACUACAUGGCGUGGUACCAACAGUACUAUGCAGCCUACGCACAGAGCUUCAUGCACGCCCACCACGUCCACCCCAGCAACAGCCACAGUCACCUGGGCGCAUUUCUGCCACCGUACAGACAGCAACUGCAGCAGGACCACGCAGCUGCGCACGCUGCCGUUGGCACCACAGCGCCGAACAACGAGCAUAAUCCCACACGUGCAGGUGAUACACGCACAGACAACGCACGUGCCAAUGGCGACGGUGGCGGCGAUGGCGCCCGUGUUGGCCGCUUUGCACAGGCCGGUGUUGGCGCAGUGCGCAUUCCUGAUGACGACGCUGCGGUGAACAACGACAACCAGCAGCCCCAAGCCCCCGCCCCAGCCGCUGCUGCUGGUCUUGGUAAUGACAACAACAACAACAACGACAAUGCUGCUGGUGCUGGUGCUGGUGCUGGUGUCGCCAACGGCAUCAACAACGGCGUAAACGCAGCACAGGCGCCCCCAGGUGGCGGGCUUGGCGGCGUGCUGUGGUGGGUGAUCAAGGCUGUUGUUCUUCUUGUGCUCAUCGGUGGACACGACAACAUGCGCCGCCUCUACAUCCUCGCCACCAUGAUUGGCAUCGCCAUCCUGCAACAACUCGGCGCGUUCCAGGCGUUGGCCAACUGGCUGGUGCGGCUGCAGGCCCAGCAGAACGACGGCGCGCACAUCGGCAACGACGCCAUCGAAGGCGAAGACGACGAACAACAAGACAACGAACAACAAGACGACGAACGAGAAGACGAACACGAUGCGAAUGGUGGCGAUGACAACACCACGCCCCAGCGGCGCCGCCGCCGCCUCCCACGCAACGCAGCUGUCAACGCGAACCGGCGGUCGCUGAUGGGAGACAUUGGUGCCAUUGUGCUCACGUUCUUCACGUCCAUGCUUCCCCUGGAGAUGGCACAGCAGAACCUGCGCAUCCAGCAGCAGCAGCAACGACAACAACAACAACAGCAACAGCAGCAGCAGAGGAGGAGGAGGCGAAGGAGGAACGCCGACAACGAAGGCGGUGAUGGUGGCAAUGACGAUAACAAUGCUCCACAACAACAACAACAACAGCAGCAGCAGCAGCAGGCUGUUGUGAUGUGAGCGUUCAUUGUGCAAAGGACAGGAUACAAGCAAGUACGGCCAUGUGAUUACAUUACAAAACCGCUGGGAUUUGUGUUGUUCAGACUGACCUCCCCCCCCCCCGCCCUCAUCUCCCCCCUGUAGACACAACGCGUGAUUGAUACUUCCCUGCGCUGCGCUUUCCACUUCCUUUUUCAUCUCAUUUAAUGUCCCUUUGUGGCGAGUCAAUUAAAGCGUCUAGCAAGCAAG